UUUUGUUGCAUCACAAGAACUUGUUCAUGGAUAUACCUCCCAAUAAAACCAUGAGCCAGAAAGAGGCAGGGAAAGAUCAAAAGGAUAAGAUUGUGGAAGCAAGGGCCAACACCAACAGAGUAAUCAUCAGCAUCUACUCUGAAUCUCCGAGAAAACGUUUACAACAAAAACAUAAUCCCGCCACCAAGAAAACCAUGAGAACUCCUGGCUAUGAUCGCCGGGCUCAGCUUCUAUCGUAUGCCAGCGAGCUAAGAUGCGCUGGUUCCGAGCCCAUGGAGUGGUCCAGACGGAACUCUAGGCCCAGGUCAAAGAAAUGGAAAUGGUCAAGCGGACCAGCUAGGAUUCGGGAAUCAUUUCUUAGAAUGUGUCAGCAAAAAGACAGGCAAUGGGGGUACGAGCGAAUUGUAACAGAAGAAAAUGGUGAAGCAGACCAGUUGUGGGGCUCGAAACGCAAUAAUAGCAGGAUCCAAACGGGAGUCUCCGAUAGCAGACACCCCAGUUUUUGUAAGAAAUUGACGUGUAUGCUCAAGGAUUUAAAAUGUGGAUUGCUGUGCAACAAGGGGUAA